UCUCAUUUCAUCUCCAAAAAACGCAAAACCCUGUCUUUAGAUUGUUUCGUCAUUACUCCAGUUCUCCUUUCUCUCAAGAGCAAAACCCCUUCAACCCUAAUGAGCAUUUUGUUAGAUCGUCCUUAAGUUUUACUAGCCCAACCAAAAAUCAUGAUUUUGCUCUGUCAGCAGUGGAAAAGUCGAGAUUUUUUUCAACAUUUACUAGAGAGAAAUCCCCAAUCCCUGGUUUGAAGAACAAGGAAAUGACUUUAACAAAACCCUUGAGUUCAAGUAUUGAUACCCAGUUAACUCAUCAAAAACCUAGAUGCUUUUCAAGCUCAGAUUCACCUUCUGAUCCUGAGAAAUCCCAUAAUGCAAACAAAAUACCCAAAUUCAAGCAUCAAGAAAGAGAGGAGCCUAUCGCGGGAAGAGACCCUAAUGAGAACAGAGAAGUUGGUGCAAUGCUAAUGAAGAAAUUGCAUGGUUUGAUGAAAAUUGGGGGUCUUCUGGGACUGGUUAGCAUUGGGCUUGCGGCUUCCAUUGAUUAUAUCACCAAAGGAACUAUACCAAUAAAAGAAGUGUUUGACAGUUGCGGGUUGAUUAUUACAGGCACUAUUUGGCUGAUGCAACUUUGCAAAUCAGCAGAGAAGCGUGGUACGCCCGACUUUUUUAUGGGGGUGCUUUGGGAGCUAAAGUCUCUGAUUUUGCUUCUACAGCUUACAUAUCUGCUGUGGGGUUUUCUUCUAGUUCUUAUACUUGGAGGUCUUAUGGUGCUGCCAUUGGGAAUGGAUGCUUUAGAGGGAAAUGAGGAGGAAGGAAAAGUAAAAAAAAUUCAAUCUUCAUGAUGGAUAAAUUUAUUAGGAUAGGAGAGAAAUCCACCUUUUUUAUUUUUUAUUUAUUUUUUUUUUUGUUUUUAUCUAAGCUCAGGCAUGUAUUCCCAAAGGAUUUGCCUUAAAUGUGGUAUUUUUUUU